AUGACCUGCGAUGCAGUGGAUGGGAAGCACGCACGCAACACCAAGCAGAGUACACCCUUGGGCGCGGUAGUGGACCAUGGCAUCGAUGCCUUCUGUGCCUUCACCACGGGCGUGGCCGUCACUGUGACGGCCGACCCGGCCUUGGAGGAUCCAUGGCUCAUGCUGGCCUAUUGCAUGUUCCACGGUGCCUGGUUUUCAGCCCAGUGGGGUGAGUUGACAUGGGGCUCACUCGACCAGCGUGGCAUCACAGAAGGCGAGUUCGCGUCUAUGCUGGUGAUUGCUUUGCCCGGGAUUCUGGGACCCAACUUCAGAGACCAUUGGAUCCCCACCUGGGUUCCCCUGCUGGGUGGCCGCAAGGCGGGGGUCGAGCCGGGGGGGUGA